GAAAAGUAACUAAUACCCCUGAACACUAGUUAGUAAUCUGUGAAUACGUCAUUGAGGUUCGUCAGGACUCAAAUGUUGAUAAAUAAAAGUUUAAAGGAACUUAAUAAAAAUGAUGCCUGCAAGGAUUGGUGGACACCUUCCAAUAGCAAAUGAGAAUCCGCUCGGUUUAUCGUGGCAUGAUUCUGCUUGGAUACCGUCAUUAAAUCCAUCUAACAUCAUGGAUUACUUUUCUGAAAGAUCAAAUCCAUUUUUUGAUAGAACAUGUAAUAAUGAAGUGGUAAAAAUGCAACGCCUGAGCAUGGAUCAGCUUCAAAAUAUGACUGGUUUGGAAUACAUUUUACUUCAUGUUCAGGAGCCAAUUCUGUAUGUUAUAAGAAAGCAACAUAGACAUAGUCCUAUGCAAACUAUUCCAUUAGCUGAUUACUAUAUAAUUGCCGGAAUUGUGUAUCAAGCUCCUGAUUUAGCAAGUGUUUUAAACUCAAGAUUGCUCUCAGCUGUCCACCAUCUUCAAUGUUCUUUUGAAGAGACUAUGUCUUAUUCAAAAUAUCACCCAAGUAAAGGGUAUUGGUGGGAUUUUAAACCUAAUAAACCAGGAAUCAGUCCUUUUAAUUCUGGACAGUCUGCACCAAAAGAAGUUUCUAAUACACCUAAGGAAGAACCGUCAACUUUAUUUCAAAGACAACGAGUUGAUAUGUUAUUGGCAGAGUUAGUAAGGCAGUUUCCUUUACCAACUAUAACUACUACUGCUAACCAAACAAAUGGUGUGUCAGUAAAAGCUGAAAACAAUAAUGAUAAAGGCGAUAAAGGAGGUGAUAGUAAUAUAAACAAUAUUACAAUAAAACAAGAGCCAAUAGAUUCAAUACAUCCUGAAAUGACUAAUGGUAACAUGCAUAUGGAAAUAAAACAGGAAAUCAAGCAGGAGAACAUGAAGCCACCACCAGAAAAAAAACCAAGAAAUAUUUAGAAAAAUAGUUUUUGGAACACGGGGUGGCUGCUUAUCCAAAUUAAAUUUACCUUACACAAAUUUUUUGUUUGUGUCUUUUUGGAGAUUAUAUAAAUUUGUCACAUUAUCCUUUAAUUUAAUAUUGUCAGAACAUAUUAUACAAUUAUCUUGUAA